UUGUUUUAUAUUAUAUAUAUAUUGUUUUAAUAUUAUAUUUAAUAUUUACAUUGUAUUGCAAAAAAACCCCAAAAUAAGUUAAAAUGAAUUAAUGAAUACUGACUAAUUAAACCUUUGUUAUUUUUCCACCAGAAAUGGACGAUAUAAUUAGAAGUGUCCUGAAUGACGAAAAAAAAAGAACUGGAAAAGAUACACAACUUUGUGUGCAUGUGUCACAAUGCCAGGAGGACCCACUCAGUGUUGUGUUAGAAAAAUUGAACUCAUUAACCCUUCAUGGACAUUAUACAUGUUUAAAUGUGGCCUCAGGUAAAGACAGGAAAAGAGACUAUUACAAAUUCAACUGCAUCAGAGCUGGAAAAAAAAGUCGAAACAGCUACAGAGCAGUGGGCUGUAAGGCCUAUGUUUCAUUUAAAGUACUCAAAUGUUGGAAAGACCACACAGUCAUCGUGCAGCGUACAUAUGAUAAGCAUGAUGGGCAUGAUCCUUCGGACCCAAAAGACGCACAUUUCAACAAUAUUUCCAGUGAUUUGAGGAGGAAGAUUGAGGAACUGCUUUCCCUUGGAACUAAGCCAGCCAUCAUACUAACCGAAUGUCAUAAAUGGGCCAAAGAACAUGGACACAGAGAUCUUCACAACAGAGAGCAUUUUGUCACACCACAUGACAUUGACAGUGUUAGAACCUGCAUGAUGAGGAAGAAGCACUUUAACUGUAGAGACAGUCAAAGUGUACAUACCUUACUUAAUGGAAAACAUCAAGAACAUGUUCUCUCCUAUCAACCAUACACAUCUGACCAAGAACUAAUGAUUGUUUUGCAGACACCUGUAAUGAAAUCAAACAUGAAGAACUAUGCAAAACAGUUAGUAUUUGUUGACACCACGCAUUGUGUUAACCAGUAUUCAUUUCCCUUAUUCACACUUGUUGUAAGAGAUGAUCAUGGGCAUGGAGUCCCUGUGGCCUAUGCUAUUGUCAGCAACGAAAGUCAGAAAACCCUGGAAACUGUUCUUGGAAUAGUUUGUGAGCAUUUACCAACUUCCCCGAGAGCAUUUAUGGUUGACAAAGACUUUGCGGAAAUAAAUGCUUUGCAGAAGGUUUUUCCAGAGUCAGCUAUCCUUCUAUGCUGGUACCAUGUCUUGCAGGCUGUUAAUCGAUGGCUUUCAAAAUCUGAGUCUGGGGUCCAUGGGCUUUCUAACACCCAAAAGAGAAAUGAAAUCAUUUCUUUCUUUUGUAAGCUGAAAGCUUGCACAUCUGAGGAAGACUUUAAAGCCACAUCAGCAGAGUUUUGCCAGACAUUUAAGCAAUACCCUUUGGUGUGCCAGUAUUUUCAGAAGCACUGGGAAGGCAUUGGCCACAUGUGGUGUGACUACGGCCGUCGCUUCAGUCACGCUCAUUCUGAAACAAACAAUGUGAUUGAAAGGUAUGAUUUAUUAUUUUGA